AUGAGUAACAACGGACCAAUCUUCUUUUGGCAACCCGAUGAUCAUGAUUAUCCAUGGUUAUCUCAACAUCACAUAUGUGAAUUCAUUGAUGAAACCGGUCAAAAAUUCACAAGUACCGAACAAUAUAUGAUGUACCACAAAGCUCUCCAUUUCAACGACAUCCCCACCUCCCAAGAAAUACUCACCACUACCAAUCCCUCAAAAAUCAAAUCUCUCGGACGCCAAGUCAAAAGUUUCGAUAGUAAGAAAUGGGAUAAAGUUAAGUUUCAAAUCGUCACUCAAGGGAAUGUAUUGAAGUUUUCGAGAGGAGGAAAGGAGUUAAGAGAGAAGCUUGAGAAGACGGGGGAUAGGGAAUUGGUUGAAGCGAGUUCUUAUGAUAGGAUUUGGGGGAUUGGUGUUGAAGGUGGGGUUGAGGAAUGUCAGAGACAGGAGAGAGAUGGGGUUUUGGAGGGGAAGAGGAAGGAGUGGGGGAAGAAUUUAUUGGGGUUGGCGAUUGUGGAGGCGAGGAGAUUGAUUAGGGAGAGUGAGAAGGGGAAGGAGAAGGAGGAGGAGAAGGAGAGAGAGGAGGAGAGAGAGAAUGAGGAAGAGGAGUGA